GGUCGGACCGGACCGGACCGGACCGGACCGGGCCGGGCCGGGCGCUCUCCGGGCCCGUGCCAGGGCAGUCCCGGAGCCGGCAAGGGCCGUCCCGUCAUUGCGGGCAGCGCUGUGGAUGGAAGAUUUCAUGCCUACUGGUUUGCAUAAUAGCAGAGGCUAAAUAGGCAUGAAGGAGACUAUAGUGGGGAUGAGAAGUGUCAAAAGAGAAGAAAUGAAUCCUACAAAUGAUGAUCGAGUGUUUGGGACCAUUUUUGACUGGGACUAUCUCUUAUGGGAAAUUCGUUUGACGUUUUUAGCUGCUGGUUUUUUAAUCUACUUGGGAGUAUUUCUUCUGUCUCACUGGUUGUCUUCUUGGAGAAGUACCACUUACCGUGCCUUGUAUGCAAAGGAGAAGGUGUUUUGGAAUAUGGCAGUCACACGUGGUGUCUUUGGACUUCAGAGUUGUGUUGCUGGGCUAUGGGCUUUGCUCAUAGAUCCUGUUUUUCAUGCUGACAAAGUCUAUUCACAGCAAAAGUGGAGUUGGUUUAACUGCUUAAUAGCAGCUGGAUUUUUCUUGCUUGAAAAUGUAGCAGUUCAUGUGUCCAACAUUAUUUUUAGAACAUUUGAUGUCUUCUUAGUGGUUCAUCAUUUGCUUGCUUUUGGUGGCUUGGCUGGUUUAGUAAUUAAUGUGAAAUCUGGACAUUAUCUGCCUUUGAUGGGAAUGUUGCUGGAGAUGAGUACUCCCUCAACAUGCAUUUCCUGGAUGCUUCUGAAGGCUGGCCGUGCUAACACCUUUUUCUGGAAGGCAAACCAGUGGGUGAUGAUCCAUCUGUUUCACUGCCGCAUGAUUCUCACCUACCACAUGUGGUGGGUGUGUCUUUUCAAUUGGAAUUCUAUUGUAGAAAAUCUGGGACUUCUUCACUUUAUUGUUUUAUUCUCGGGAUUAUUUGCUGUCACGCUAAUACUUAACCCAUACUGGACAUACAAAAAAACUCAGCAGCUCCUCAGCCCAACUGACUGGAACUUUGAAAAUAAAGCAGUGGAAAAUGGAAGAUUGAAUGGCGAAACACAUCAAAAGAAGAGGAUAUAGCACUGAAACAACAAUUUCCCAGCAGGGUAACAGAAGAAUACAAUGCAAAGUCUUUCUUUGCACAUGAACUAGAAGAUUUUGCAAGAAGCUCAUUUAUGCAGUGACUCCUUGCCGGUAGCACUCUGUGUGCAUCACAAGUGUUGAAAAGCAUUGUUUGUGUUUAUUAUGUGUAUACAUAUAAGAACUUCAACUCUCAUUAUGAAUUACACCAACAAUUUGUCAGGCUGGACAGUAUUUCAUAAUUUAGUAGUGAUGUGCUCUCUAAUGGCAUGGUUUUUUCCCUACUGCUUCAAAGUGGCUUUACAGUAAGUCAUCUAUUAAGCUCAGCUUGAAUCAAGUUUAGCUCAAUCCUAUUUAACAUAUUGUAGAGAUACUGGAAAUUAUGUUAAAUUGUUUAUUAAGAUCAAUUAUGAUCCAGGUUAGGUAUGCAUGGGUACCUAAUUCCUGUGUGCCAGUGAAUCAUUCCAUGGCAGAACUGGUCAGUGGUAGAAUGCAGUCAUGGCCUGGGUUUGGGUUUGUUGUUGGUCAGUUUGUGGAUUUGGGAUUUUUUGGGUAUUGUUUUUUGUUCUUUUUUUGCUUUUUAGUGCACUUAAGAGACAAGGAAAAUAAUUGAGUCUUUGCUGUCAAAGUUGUAGUUUUCAGGUUGCCCUCAGUAUGGGAGGAGUUUAUGUCCACCAAAACCAUGGGUGUGGAGAUCCAUGCAUUUGCCAUAUGAGUGGUUUGGUAGGUAAUCCAAAGUCCCUUCUGAACUUUAAAUCAAUGAAAUACAAGUGGCAACACCAGAAGGUGACUCUGUGUCCUUGGAAAAAAUGCUGCUUGAUUGUAAAAUUACUUAGUUUGUAUGUCCCAUGUGAGGGAUCAUGCAAUUAGUUCCAUUAGUACUUCUGUUAUGGUUCCUUUUAUAUUUGGGAAUGCACUUAGUUUUAGAUGUUUUCAGAAUCUGAGGUGACUCCUCUGUGGAGGAAAACACAUAUUCCCUCCUGUAGGAGUUUGGUUGUUUUAAUAUUUUUAUUUAACUUUAAAGAACAUACAAAGCAACACUAACAAUCCUUUGCACUUUAUCUGCCACAUCACAAAAAUCUUUUCCUUUACCUGAGAAACUGGGUUGCUCUUUAGAUAGGGAUUAAUGGUGAUGGAUGUUCUCCCACUUAAAAUAUUGGUUUGAUGGUUCCUGGGUGAAAUGUUGGGAAGCGGGUGGAGGGAUGAAGAUCACGAUAGAAGAGAGUGACGCCUAGUGGCAGGAGAAUGGCAGGGGUAUUAGUUUUGGUGCACGAAAUAAAUGAGAUUUUAAAAAGUGGUUAAUUGGAACUCUGUGAUGUGACUGCUACACAGAUUUAUUUCCCAAAGCACUAAGACUAGGCAGGCCCAAGCUGUGAAGAAUUUUACAUCAAGCCAUGAAUUAAGAGACUUUGUAAACUGGAACUGAUCUGUGGUUUUUGUAUUAAAUGUGUGAGGGAAGUACUUUUUGGUGUAAACAGCCCCAUUUUAUUAGUUUUUGGAGGGAAUGCUUUUGAUUUGUUCUGAGUGAAGGGAGUGGUUGGGUUGCUGUGUUCACUAGUUCACUCUAUGUGAGCACAGAGUUGGAUUGCUGUUCUAUGACAGGGAGGAAACUUCUUACUUUAGGUCACAAAUACAUAGGCAGAUCUUGUUGAUAAUGAUGAAGUGGUGAACAUCUGAAAUUGCCCAUUCAAAACCAGGCUGUGAGAGUCACAGUCAUUUUACCCAGCAACCCUGUCUGUUACUGUGCUGAUAUUUAAUAGAUAAAAAUAUAAAUUUGGAGCUAUCUUCUUAUUUUUAAGCUGGGCAGAAUGAAGUUGCAGUGUUGCCUGCCUGGGCACCAUCCUAUGGUAAAAAGGGUUCUCAAAAGUUUGAAAUGGUGUACCUGUCUUGAGGAGUUGUAUGUGGGAAAGUAAUGUUAAAAGUACUUUGGAAGAAACCAGAGGGAUGAAUUCCUUGGCUAUGGAACCAAAAAAAUACGAUCUGCAUGCAUAUCUUGUAGAAUCCAAACCUCACUUACAGGAGAUCCAGGGAGAAAGGCAGAGAAUGAGUCAUCAGGUAUCAGAAUGAUGGUAUACUCUAUGAAGCCUAAAACUUGAAGGUUUGGAUUUGAUAAAACAAGGUAAUAAUUGUUAAAAUCCCAGCUACAGACUUCUGCAGAAUCCUAAUAGCAAAUGGAAGUAUCAGAAGAACUUUGGGAUGAGUGUGUAAUUCCUAUAGUGGCUGGCUAAAGAAUGUGAAGUUCCUAUGUGCUAAAAUAAAAGAAUAUGGAGGGUGGGGGUUAGUCAUGAAUUGAGACUGAAAAAAGACAGGUGGAAGUUUAUGUCAUAGCACCUGAUGUCUCAACUCUAAUAUUUUAUGUUAUUGUGUAUAACUGUAUUAAUUGAAUUUUAAAUCUUUCAUUAAAAUUAUGUUUUUAUCAUCAUAAUGCAUUUUUUUCAGUUUACAUCCUAGUGUGAGUUUUUCACAAAAAGACUGUGAGGGUUUGCAUGUUUUAACUAUAUAAUGAAUAAUACUUUAGAGCCCCUGUUAACCUAAACACUGGUAGACCUGCUAGAACAAGAAAGCUAUGCAAUAAAGCAUAACACUACUUAUUUUGUUUCUGUUGGUUUAAGAGUACUUUACAGUCCAGCUAGAAAUACAAAACAAAAAAAUACAGACAACCUUUCUUCUUCAUCCUUUUCGUGGCCUAGUGUUGGAGUUACUAGUUCUGUUACACAGAGCCUCUUUUUUCAUACUUGAGUGUAAGAGGACCUUUUAUAAGGGCUUGUAGUGAUAGGACAAGGGUAAUGACUUUAAAUUAAAAGAGGGGAGAGUUAGAUUAUAUUAGGAAGAAAUUGUUCCCCAUGAGGGUGGUGAGGCACUGGAACAGGUUGCCCAGAGAAGCUGUGGAUGCCCCAUCCCUGGAAGUGUUCAGGGCAAGGCUGAAUGGGGCUUUGAACAACCUGGUGUAGUGGAAGGUGUCCCUGCCUACAGCAGGAGGGUUGAAACUAAAUAAUCUGUAAGGUCUCUUCCAAUCCCAGGCUUCUGGGAUUCUUCAGUGUCUGUUGACUUCUCCCUUUAGGAGGAUUUUCUAGUUUAUUAUUGUGGAAGUCACUGAAACAAGUCUGAAACAGUGCUUGAACUAGGUACUUAUAACUAAGUGAUCCUUUUCAGCCUAAAGGUAGAGUAGCCAUAUGUGGCUGUAAAUCUUGUUGAAGUGAAAUUAAUCCCAGUCCUGUUGGGCCUUCUUACACAGCUUCAUCCACAAUUUAGAAAAAUUCAGUCAGCUUCCGUAGUGGUUGGAUUGGGUCACAGAGUAUGCUGCUGUGGAUUUGGAAAACUUGCAUAACGUGAUUUUAGGUGAAUUAUUUGUUUGCCAAGGUGACUGCUAGGGACUUGGCUCUGCUUUCUUGUUGAACAAGCUUAUUUGAGGAGUGGUGUUUGUGCCAUCUUUCUGAAGAUUUUUUAAAAAAAAAAAAAAAAAA